UCUCAGAGCGGGACACGGGCGGAGGCAGGACAGUGUGAGCGGACAGGGGAGGGGAGGAGGACGAGGAGGGGAAGGAGGAGGAGGAGGUCUCUGUCCAACACUCAAGACUCAGCGGUUCAUCUGUUAAACCAGCAGAGUCACGAUGGAGUCUCAUAGGCUGAGCGUCUCUCCGGAUGUCAGGAUGCAGAGGAGCUACAUGCAGCAACACAGCCCCAGAGGCAGCCAGGACAACAUGUUUGGUGUCAGGGUGCAGAUCCAAGGGAUUAAAGGUCAACCCUACGUGGUUCUGAACAGUUCUGGCCAGGAGAUCCACCGCGACGUCUCAGUUAUCACUCACCAAGUGGGGUACAAUUCUGGCAUGGUGAGGAGGUCUGUGGAUGAAAGACACUCUCCCUCUGAGUCACAGAGGACUGCAGCCUCCUCCACAUUUCAUUAUCAGAACCACCCAGAGAUUCUGAGACCUUAUGACCCUGAAAGUAAUAACAUGAAUGUAGUCCUUCCUUCAACAGCUUCAGUCGCUCAACCUGGACCGCUAAACGCCGGCGGUCAUCCUGAGAUUGCUAAUGUGAACAAACCCAAGAUCCCUCUGCCUGCCGAGGGCCCAGUGGAAGACCAGAGUGAGGUGGCCCUGAACAAGACACCUCUUUCAGGUAGACAAGUCCCUGCAAGGCCCCCAAUCUCAGUGGACACAGACUCCUUCAUAUCUGUUGGGAAGCUAAUAAGCCGGUUCAACAGCAGCCAGAGGAGGGGAAGGGGAGGCCCAAGGAACAGGUUGGAACCAGAGCAGUGUCGAAGGUCACGCAGCGUGGACAGCAGUCGAAACUGUGACUCCUCGUCCUCGUCCUCUUCCUCCAGCAGAGCCUCGUCUCUGAAGGGCGUCAGGGGCGAGACCCCAGGUGGGAUGUAUCCUGCGGGGUCAGCCAGGGCUCGACUCCUUGGCGGAGAAGCCCCUGUGCAAAGGGAGGAGAACCAGUCCAGCACACUGCUUAAAGGACAUCAUGGAAACGAGGCCAUGACUCCACAUGCUGCUAAUAUACUUCACAGAGCAGAGAAACCCUCCAUCUCCAGGUCAUUCAGUGACCAGACGGAUGAAAGAGAUGAAAGAGAUGCACAGGUGACUCCUGAUCUUCUGAAAGGGCAGCAAGAACUCUCAGUCGAUCCACCUGAAGACGCAGCAAAACACCUGCUGUUCACUUACCUCAAGGAUGGGACAGUUGACGAUGACGCCACAACUCAGAAGAACGUCACCGUGCUUCUUGAAAAGGUCAAAAAGGAUUAUGCAGCCGAGGUGAAGCUUUUGCAGCAGAAACAGGCAGCGCUGGAGAAAGAAGUGUCUGAAUUAAAGCAACAACUGGAAACAGAGAUUAAGAAUGAAAAGACUCUCGCUAAGGCUUGUGAAAAGGCCAGGACAGAGAAGAAGAAACUUCAGGAAGAGUUGGCCAAGAGUCAAGAUGAGCUUUACAAACUCAGCGACAGACUGGCUGAGAUCGAGGCCGCUCUUCAGUCCACCAAACAGGAGCUGACACAGAUGAAGGCAGAGAGAGAGAGAUCUAAGACGGAGAUGAAAGACCUCCAGCAGCAGCUGUCUGAGAUGCACGAUGAGCUGGACCAAGCCAAGAGGGUCGAGGUGAUUAAUUCAGAAAAAGAAGUCCUUCUGGAGGAUAUGGCGCAGCUGCGUGUGGACUUUCAGGAGAUGCUGCAGGUGAAGGAAGAGCAGGAGGAGGCGCUAUACCGCAGGGAGAGGGAGCUCGGCGCCCUGAAGGGGGCGCUCAAAGAGGAGGUGGAGACUCAUGACGCGUACAUCGGCGCUCUGAAGGAGGAAUAUCAAAUUGAGCUUGAGAAGCUGUUCAGGGAUUUAGACAUGGCUAAAGAGAACAGUGCCCUGCUGGGUCAAGAGAAGGUCGAAGCAGAGGAGGAGAGAGGCGCAGCUAAGGUGCAGCUGAAGGAAUUGAGCCAGGACAGAGAUCAGCUGAGAGGAAAGGUGCAGGAGCUGAACAACAAUGUGGAUCAGCUGAGUCGGACAAUGCAGGAGUCCAAAGCCACAGAGAGACUGUUGGAGCAGAGAGCAAAGCAGCUGGAGAGGGAAAAGCAGCAGGUUGAGGAAGCGCUGACGAAUGUGAGGAGGAAUGAGGAGGAGAUGAGUCAGUCCAACCAGUUGCUGCUCACUCGCUUGGAGGACGUGCAGAGUAAGCUGUCCAAGCUAAAUCAUGAGCACAGGGACCUGAAGGAGAAACUCAAGGAGGAGAGGAAACAAAUAGAGGAGCUGUGGAAGGCAAAAACUGAGCUGGAGGAUGAGAGGAGGCUGCAGGACAGGACUGUGGAGCAACUGCAGAGGAAGAUGAAUAUCAUUAUGGAGGAGUGCGAGGCGUCUACAGAUGUACUUCAGGACCAGGUUGAUGAGGCCAGAGAGAAGAGUCAGAGGGAGCUGGACGAGCUGCGGAGACAGCUGCAGGAAAAGGGAGCAGAUCUGGAGAAAUCCCGUCAGGCAGCCAAAAAACUUCAGGAAGAGCUGCUUCCUCUGGAGGAGGAAUUGCGGCGCUGUCGCAGGGAGCAGCAGGAGGCCCAGCUGAGGGGCCGGCAGCUGGAGCAGAGGGCGGAGGAGCUGGAGGAGAGGAACGCAGCCACGGUGGAAGAGAGAGAGCGCCAGGUCAAACUCAUGGAGGGACGCAUCAGUCAACUAGAGGAGGAUCUCAAUGAUGAGCGCACCAGUGCUGACCGCCUGAUGGAACGAUUAGACAAAACCAAAGAGCAGAGUGAUCAGAUGAGGAGUGAGCUGAUGCAGGAGAGAGCAGUCAGGCAGGACCUGGAGUGUGACAAGACGAGCCUGGAGAGACAGAAUAAAGACCUGAGGAGCAGAGUGACUCAUCUGGAAGGAUCGCAGAGGACCAACCAGGAUUCACUCGUCUCCAAACUUAACAGCCGCAUCCAGGAACUUGAGGAAAGGUUGCAAGGAGAAGAGAGAGACAACAACAGCCUGCAACAAGCCAACCGCAAGCUGGAGCGCAAGGUGAAGGAGAUGAAGAUGCAGACGGACGAGGAACACGUCAACCUGCAGAGCCAGAGAGACCAGCUGACUCAGAGACUGAAGACCGCGAAGAGGCAGAUGGACGAGGCGGAGGAGGAGAUCGAGCGUCUGGAACACGGCAAAAAGAAGCUGCAGAGGGAAGUGGAUGAGCAGAUCGAGGCCAACGAGCAGCUUCAUGGCCAACUGAGUUCACUGCGGAACGAGAUGAGGCGUAAGAGGAAAUCACCUCCUCUCAGUAAGACGGACGACGGGAACGACGUGGAUGACUUUGGAUCUGAUUGACCGCCGAGUGAUGAAAACAAAAUGCUGUCAUUUCUGGACUAUAUUGAGAAAUGUUGGACUUACUGAGAAGAAUCCUUGAUAUCAUAAUUCAACAUAACCCCUUUAACAAACUCAGGUGUGAUUUCAUGAUGUUUUUUCAGUUGCCAAGUCUGACCCCUUGUGGCAACAUGCAGUACUACAAUACCUUACAAACGUGUUUUACAAUGCAGCAGAUAAACUGAUUGAUUUACCUGUACUCAUAUUCAUUAAUGUGUUAAUAAGUUAUUCCUUUCCAGUGUGUGUUUAUUUGCAACUGUAAAUCUCAAACUAAUGAAUAAAUAAAAUGAUGUUAAUACUAUGUUGAAACU